AUGUGUCUCCUUACUGUCAUUGGUUAUCGCCCUGCUGAGCCUCUCGAUCACCUCUCUUGCUCGCCCCGAUUAUGGUUCAAUGGUGGUGCCGCCCUUCGCAUCACCCAAAAUAUCUAUAAUGGGUUCCUGUCCUCGAGGGGCGGCGCUUGUCCCCAUGGUCUGAAGCGCUGCCGCGGGGGCACACACACCCGCGUCUCCCAUCUCCCCUAUGUGUGCUUAUUUGACAGCUCGAGGUUGCAAUCUACGUUUGGUAACGGAAAGACUCCAGGAGCGUCUUUCAGACACUAUUUUCGUCUACAUGUGUUUUCUGUUUUAGGUGGCCUGGGUGCAUCGUUGGUUAUUCUUGUCCGUUUCUUCUUUGCGACUCUGUUCGCGCAAACGGCGCAGUCAGAGAAUGACACCUCGGCGAAACUGAUGUUUACACAACAACGAUACUUCUUUGCCGCCUCUGACCAUCCACAUUGCCCCGGCCAGGGGAACAAAUGCCGUAAUGGGAAGAUGUGCCUGCUUUCAGCAUCUAGCGCGCCUUCUUUCCCCCAUGCCGCACGCUUGUAUCCUUCCAACGGUUGUCGGCAAAGGGUCGUUUCCCCUCGAAAGGCGGGGGAAACGAAGCGCAUGUGGCACUACCAUCCGUGGUGUCCGGACCCUUCACUCGUCGUUGGCCGGCGAUAUGCCCCGCGCCGCGCUCUUUCACUGCGGGAGAACCGCCGGGUCGCCGCCUACUGCAGGAACUGUAUCGGACGGAAGGCGUAUGACUUAGCGAUUUACCGCCAUCGUCGCUUGGGGCUUGACCAUGAGGGUAUCAUCACGAGUCGCACGUUAGGUCAGCAAGUCGCUCCCUGCUUCGGCUUCCGUGUCACAGUCUCCUAUGCGAAGAAGUUCGCCAUUGUAAUUCUGAACAGCUUCCUGUGCCUCGGGAUGUUCGCUGCAGGUCUGCGGCGGCGCGCAAGCCAGUCCGAGACAGCAGCAAUUCUGAAGUCAGCCCCCACGCAUCCUCGGCGGCAGCGGACGGGAAGGCCUCACCUGAGUCACCAAGCCCCCCUCGGUGGUCUCAGUCAAUCUCCAGAAGCCUUCAUGCUGGACUCGUUAUCCCUCCGUGGUCGGCGGAAAUCGCGGGCUUACGGAAAGAUUUGGGGAUUUUGGUAUGGCUUGGGACGGGCCGCCGCCCGUCACAUUAAAGUCUUCCCUCCAACAACGAUGACUUUUCGUCAGGUUGGCGCAAUUACUGAAUGGGGUCUUAUUUCAGACAGACUAGACGGCUAUUGUCACUUCCUACGUGAGGCUUUCGGCUUUGCUCAGUCGACACAAAUGUUCGGGCCUUUCGCUCUUCUAGCUUUUGCGUAUCUCGCGAUUGCGGGCCGAGAUGCUCAAGCGACAUUUACGUGGCGUGAUAUUACAUAUCUUGCAGAGACUGGUGGUCAGACGUGGGCUGACGACAUCACUUUCGGUGAGGUUGUGGAGAAAUAUGUCUGCAACAUCGGUGAGGUUUCGAACGAAGUAGACGGCGGCGAAGUCAAUUUCCAUAACAGCAGGAUCCGGGGGAAGCCAGAGAUCGUUCCCAUGAUCGCUGCCGCCAGCGUAUCCUCGUUGAAGAACUGCAAUGCCGGGUGGCUUACGGAUACUACCUCUCUAUCUUGGAACCUACUCCUUAUGUCCAAGGGUGACUGGCAUAUCGCUCGUCAAGGUUGGUGGGUAUUCGAUGACAUACACAGCGACAAGGACGCGAGGAAUAGGCCGCUGUUGAACCCUCCGCCUGCCAAUGAUGAACCACGACAUAGCAUCACCAAGUGUCUAGUUCUUUGGCUUCCGCUUAUGCGGAAGCCUGAUACAAGACGCUACAUAAACUCACAGGUCAGCUCCCCAAGUGACGGACAUUGUACCUACUCGAUUCCUAGAUUGUUUGAUGAGCUUACCACAGAACUCGAUACAACGUGUUCAUGUUCGGCAUCUGCUGCCAAAAGAUAUGCCAAGAUGAAAACCAACACGAUUCUGUGCCUUGGACCUGAGCGGCGGACGCAGGCAGCCGUUCGGCUUCAAAAGAGCCCGCUGUCUCUGUGUAGCUUUGGGAAACAUGGCAUGAAUACUGUGUUCCGUUUCCGACCCAAGAAGGGGACAUAUUUCAACACGGCUACGACCGACACGAACUCGGAAUGGGUAUCACGUUUGUGCGAUGAAGUCAAAUUUGCUGUCUCGCCUGCCCAUUCCAUAAACCGGCCUCUCACGCCAUUCUUCGCGUCUUCUUUCCAUCACAGAAAAGCCAAAGAUCAUGCUGAGAUUCUCGGGGUCGCCGGAUCAAGCCAUAGGGAUUCAAGAGUACAACAGGUUGUAGACCAAUGCCACGAGCCAGGCUUAGCGAUCGCGCGGCCCGACAAAUCUCGCAGUCAGCGGAGGCCGCAACCCGAGCCGAAGCUAGUAGACGCGGUGCCACGCAGGACAGCCUCGGACGGGGUCGUUCAGCAGGACCCAUGGUGUUUCCAUGGUGACACGAUACUCGGCUUACCCUCGCACUGCGCGGUGGGCGGGACCAGGCAUGUCCCGUGGGGAGAGAGAUCUUGUCUAUUCCUGGGUACCGUCGUACAGGAUGUUGUGACGCGACAGGGAGGAAACCGGGAUGAUAUUUCAGCGAGAGAGGGGCCGUACGGCCGACGUGGGUCCUCGGACACUGUUGGACAGGUCGUUCAAGUUCUUCCUGGUUUCCAUUUAUUACGAACUGCGGAUUCUGGCUUCGGAUCAGCAGUCACAAGGCGCUCCUUCACGGAUCGAGACAGCCACGCGUAA